GUGCAACGCGGUCGCAGUGGCAGCGCUAUCGGAAUAGCACCGGCUGGCGGUGCAGCGGCAGGAGUGGGACCAGGACCAGGAGCGGGCGUAGGAGGGGGUGUGGGAGUCGGAGUUGGAGUGGGUGGUGGUCCAGGUUCAGGUGCAGUGGCAGCGGCAGCGGUGGCAGCGGGUUCACCAGCCAGGGCUGGCCAGCAGCAGCAGUUUGGAGGCGGAGGUCUGGGCGGAGGUGUGGCUGCUGUCGGUGUGGGUCUGGGAGCGGGACCGGGAACGAUUGCGUCACGGCAGCGGAGCGCCAGCACGGUGCUCGACAUAAGCCUAGCGGAGCGCAGCAAGGUCUCCUCCAUCGGUUGCCCGCCCUCUCCGCACGUGAGUCUUCUCAAGCGAGGGUCUCUCUACCCCGGCGGUGGUGGUGGUGUCGUGAAUGGACUCGGCCUUGGCGAUGCGGCGGUGAUUCAAACGAAAUGCGACACAUUUAAUGGAGUGGCAUUGGGCGUCGGCGUUGGAGUCGGUAUCGGUAGCGGUGUGGGCGGUGUGGGUGUGGGCGCUGCCUCAGGUGUGGGAUUAGGAACAGGAGCUGGAGCUGGACAACGCGGACGUCUAUCAUCUCUUUCAUCAUCAUCAUCCCCCGCGAGUGUACCAGGUGCAACACUCGGGGAUCCAUCAGUUGCUGGAGGAGGGGCCGGAUCUGCCCCAACUAUCGGCAGUGCGCCCGUACAGCCGGGCCCGAAGCGACAGGGCAGCUUCUCGAAUGUAUUCUCGAAGCUAAUCGAUGGUAUGCCCGCUGGCACAAUGUUUGCCAAAUUCAAAAGCACCAACGUGGCCGCAGCCACCACGCCGCAGAGUGUCGCCGAUGGCAAUCCCAUUACGCAGUACUUUGAGAUUGGCAAGCCGGUGGCUUGUGCCGGGCCAGAGUUGGCCUGGCGCAUACACGAUGCGUACCGCAAAAGCGACAACAAGGAAUGCUCGGUGUUUAUUUUCGAGAAAAAGGUUGCGGAGAAGCUGCACAAGCCGCGUCGCAAGGAGACCAUAACCGAGCUGCUCAAGAGCUCGGUGAAGACACUAGAACGCUUUCGCCAUCCCAGAAUACUCCAGAUCUAUCACACCGUAGAGGAGAGUGCGGACACCCUGGCCUUCGCCUCGGAGCCCAUCUUUGCCAGCCUCUCGAAUGUGCUGGCCUUUCAUGAGUCGAAGACCUAUGACAAUGCGAAUGUGGCAGCUGCUGGAGGAGCGGGUGCCGGAGUGGGUCCGGCCCAGACACAGGGGCCGGCGGGCGUCCAGCCGCAGCGGCCCGCUCAUGCAAAGGAAUACAGCUUCUUGGACAUGGAACUCAAAUACGGCUUUCUUCAGCUGACGGAGGCCCUGGCGUAUCUUCACUAUUCCGGUCACGUAAUUCAUCGAAAUGUGUGUCCAUCCUCUGUACUAAUAACUAAACGCGGUAUAUGGAAGCUAGCUGGCAUGGAGUAUGUGGAAAGAAUGAAUGAGACUGAUUUGAAUAGCUCAAUUCCGUGUCCGCCGUGGAGUAACAGGGUAUCAAAGAUGGCCCAGCCGAAUCUGGAUUUUAUGGCACCCGAAACACAGUCAACGUCCAAGUGCAGUCUGCUCAGCGAUAUGUUCUCAUUGGGAAUGGUGAUCUGUGCGGUAUUCAACAAUGGCAGGCCCCUGAUACAGGCCGGAAACUCCACCUCCAACUAUGCCAAGCAAAUGGAAACGUUGGAUGAUAUGGUCCACAAGUUGAUGCCUCGUCUGCCCAUUGCCCUGCAGGAGGCCACUUCGCGCAUGGCCAGUCGGGAUGCAACGGCCCGGCCCACCGCCCAGCUUCUGCAGUUGAUCAAGUACUUCAUCGAUCCGGCUAUAAAUGCUCUCAAAUUCCUGGACGUGGUCAACAUGAAGGACACGCAGCAGAAGUCCCAGUUCUACAAGACCACCUUGAUAGAGGCCAUGCCGGUGAUACCACGUAAACUUUGGUGGCAGACCAUUUGGCCAAUGCUCAAGUCGGAGAUCAACAAUAACGAGGUCCUGGCCGCGGUCCUGCAGCCCGUCAUGCUCUUUGUCCAGGAAGCCACGCACUUCGAGUACGAUGCUUUGAUGUCCGCCACAAUGAAAAUCGUCUACAAUACACCGAAAUCCAUUCAGGCAAGCGUUACGAUACUUGAGAAUUUGCAUUUGAUUAUUGAGAAGACGAAGCCGGAGGAUGUUACCACAGACAUAAUGCCGAUGCUAUUCUGCUCCUUCGACGGAUCCACGAUACAAGUGCAGAGUGCCGCCGUUGUGGCUGUGGCCAAUGUCUUUGACAGCAUCGAUGAGCUCUCCAUUCGCCGCAUGGUCCUGCCCAAGGUCAAAUUGGUAUUCGAGAAGAACAUUACUGAUCCGAAGAUAGUGCAGAAUGUGCUCAUGUGCAUUGAGCGAGUAAUGGACCGCAUGGAGCGGGCACAGGUCAUGGAGGAGGUCCUACCGCUGCUGGCCAAUAUACGCAUACCCGAUCCGGAUAUCAUCAUGCGUACUGUGCGCAUCUAUCAUAAGCUGUUUGUGGACAAAUCAUACGGCCUGAGCGUGGAGACCAUGGCCACCAAUGUGCUGCCUCUGCUCAUACCGCACACCGUAAAUCCGGCACUCAAUUUCGAACACUAUUGCUAUCUGCUUGAAGUACUGCAGCAGAUGCUGGAGGCCAUCGAUCGACAGCAGCGGAAUAAAUUGAAGCUGGACAACCUGUCGAUGGCCUCGCCCGAGCGACACCGGACACUGCGCCACCAAUUCUCAACGGAUAACAUGAACGCGCCGCCCUUCAACAUCCCCAACCUGCGCAUAGAUCAGCGCAAGACCUCUAGUGCCGAGGACAUGGCCCGUAAGAACUCUGGCGGGUCUGGCAUGCUGGGUGGCUGGUGGUUCGGCUGCUCGCCAUCGUCGCCGGAUAGCAAUUUCCUGCGCGUUGGGAACGUGUUCCCCAAUCGACGGCUCUCGGACAACACGCUGAUGACACCCAAGAUCCGCAUCGCGCCCUCGUGCGCCUCAUCGCCGGGCGGCACGCCGGGCAGCGGCCUACCGACGCGACGCCACUCAAGCAUUGGGCCACAGGAGCGCCGGGGCUCCGCCAUCAAUUUGUCGCCGCCAACUAAAUCUCCUUUAUUGUACUCCCAAAAACAGGGUGGCUCCAUGCCGAACACCUCGAGCAGUGUUCCGUUCUUGUUGUCGUCGAGCAUGCAGUCGAUAAGGUCGCGCCGACAGUCGACGGUUCUAUCAUCGGGUCCUCUCGGCUCUGGAUCGGGCAUACUGCAGCAGCUGGGAUCCGGCAUGGUAAGACAAUUAACUUCCGUAUCCGGCACGGUUAGUCCGGUGCCGCUGUUGCGGGUGAAUGGCGCGCGCAACAGCAUCAGCCACAGCCACACCAACGUCCGAAAGUGUCCGUCACUCAAUAUCACAUUCAGUCAAUAAUAUAACCUGAACGAAAUCGGCGGGGCCCAGCCCCCCGCCGAUUCGCUCAGAUUCGGGUACGUCAAUCCAAGCGCCAGCAACAGCAGCAGCUACCAUUACGGCUACAAUUACAAUCAGAAUCUCAACAAUGUGCGCUACACAGCUGCACAGCUGCAGAACAUGAAUUUUAAUCUUAAACCACCGCCAAAGUUUUGAAUCUCUAAGAACUGAAUCGAAAACUGAAUGGAAAGAAUGUUAUAGAUCGAAAGCAAAGCAAAAUCGAAUAAAACGUUGUAUUUGCAAGUGGGGGCAGAGGGUAAAAUGAAGCAAACAAUCAAUUAAAUUAUAUUGCAUUACCUACAAUAUUAAUGAAUGAAUGUACCUACCAUACUACUAUGAGACCUACUAUGGCCUAGACAUACAUACGUAAUAAUUACAUACAGUUGAUGCUAAAAGUAAACCAAAAACAAAACAAAACAAAAUAAUUAUAUCAAUUAUAUUUACUUACAUACUCUAUAUAUAUACAUACAUAUAUACAUAGAACGAGUAAAGCUGUUUUUUUGAAGAAUUUAUUCAAGUCCUAUAUAUUUGUAUGUACCAUAAAUGUUAAUGUUGGAAACAUAUCCGAAGUCGUAACAAAGUUAUAUCUAUACGUACCACAUAGCCCAAUUGGAAACUUAAUAUUAUCAUUAUUAUUAUUGUUAUUUCUAUUGAUUGUUGAUUAUGAUAUCGUAUAUGAUCGUACCUCCUAUCGUACCUGUACCUAUCCCUGUCUCUCUACUUCUACAUUUAUUUUUUAACAAAGACAACAAGAACACCUAAAACCAUCUUCCAAAGACAUUUCGAUCUAGAAAGAUCGAUUAUCUAUUUUAGUUCUAAAAAAACUUUAAAAAAAUUGAGAGAGCUCCAAGUCCUCACCAACAAACAUGCACACUAGUGCCAAUAUCCGAUAUUUAUUCAAGUACAGUGUGUAUGUUAGUUUUUAUGUGCCGAACGUGAUGUUAAUGUUUUUUCUUUUAAUAUUAUACCUUAUCAUUGUCGUCCUGGUAAACGUAUUUGAAAAGAAAUCACAUAGUCAGUUUCGAUGAUUAGAUCAUAAGUCCCCAUAAAUAUGAAUUUAUCGGAUUAAUGUUGGAAUUAAAAACACGCCCCCCUCCCCACCCGCUCACCCACUCACCCGGUCAGCCAUUCUCAUAAGGCGAAAGUUAUACUAUAUGAUAGUCGUACAACUUUAAGGACCAACCAAUAAGUUUUAAGAGCUGAUUUUCAUUAGGAUACAUCGGUAUUUAGUUUUUUAGUUUUAGUAUUUCCCUCUUUUUCUUUUGGAAUUUGAAUACUAUUUUUGUUUAGUUUCCAUUGUUUUUUUUUUGCAUUUUGCAUGAGUUGUUUGCUUGCCAUUUAUUUCAUAACGCCCUACUUGAGUAGUUAAGGAGAUUCCAGGCAAUGUGCCCAAAUUUGAUCAAAUAUUUAAUAUUUGAAGCUCAAUCCAAGCCCAUAUGCAAAGUCUCAAGAUACUACUAAAACUAUAUUCAAAAACUGAGCUGAGAUCAAUGUACAUAUGUAAAUAUGGCUGAAACUAGAAGAGAAACUUGAACCUUUGCUACGGGUAUGACCUUUAUAUGUAUAAUUGGUGAAGCGAUACAGAACUAUCCUAGAACUUAAACUGAAGUAAAAGAUAGUCAAUAUACAAAUAAACGACCAGUUAAAAAUGCAUGCUAUUUAUAUGGAAUCUGUGUAUAUGUAUCUAUGCUUUCAGUUUGUGGUUGUUCUUGCUUUUACCGAGGGACGAUCGUCCCUCGGGGCUAUGACUAUUGCAUAAUUGUGGUGUUUUGCUCCUAUGUGUAUUGUAUUUGUACUACUUGACUUGCCAUUUUACUUUCUGCCCAUCUGAACUGCACAAUAAAUAUUUUGAAAAUACAACAACAAAAGGAGAGAAACUAUCGAAAAUAUCGAAGCUGAAAAAGCCAACUAAAACCGAACCGAACCGAACCAAGCUGAAGAUAGCAGCAGCUGAAGAUAGAGAUAUUGUAUGAUAUACAUAUAUAUACAUAUAUAUAUAUAUAUAUAUAUAUACAUAUUUACUUGAUUGUAUAUAUACUUGAUUGAUUGACUGACACUGAAGGCUUUAGAGGGCUGCUACCAACUAUAAAGCUACGAACCUAUAUGAAUCUGAUCUAUAAAUCUAUACCAAAUCUAUCAACCGACUUACCAGAUGUUGAUACGCAUUUGUAUUUGUAUUUCAACUAUUACUCUACUAUUACUAUUAAGACAUUGCGAAUUUAUUGUAACUGUUAAUUGUAUUGUAUAUCUAAUGCUAAUGCUUCGCCUUUGUUGCACAGUCAGUGUUGUUCCCCCAUAUAUAAAAACAAUACAACCCCGCCGUCCCCAAAAAUCCCACCAACCCGCUGUAUUUACCUAGCAUUUCAGAUUUGAGUUUGUUUUUUUGGUUUGUAUUUUGCUUUCGCUGUUUCAUUCCUACCGUAAGUUGUACUUAUAAUUAUGAUUAUGAUUACUUCGAAAUGUGCCUUAAGAGUUCAAAAGUUCUCGCUUUCUGAGUCUGCGACAAAGAUCUAAAAAGAUCUACUAUCAACAAAAAGAGAUCGCCAAGAGUAACUACUAAACGAACCCAUAUUUGUGGUUGAAUGUAAGUCGCCUGGAGGAAAGGUCUCCCCAGUAGAUACUCCCACCCCACCCGCCCCCUCCACAGCUCACUGCAGUCCACACUAAUGCCCACACUCAUCCACAAUUGUACCUUAGUAGUAGUUCUGUAGACACUCACCAGACCCACAACACAUCCAUCCAUUAAUCCAUCCAUCCAGUGAGAGCCAAACACACACACACGCAAACAUACACACACACACACAUACGUACUAAUAAGAGUUUAAAGUGCUCUUAGAUAGAUGUCCGUAGUUUGCAUUGUACUCGUAUGAAAAAAGUUUAACCCAACAGAUCCCAGAAGAUCCAGAUAUCUAGCAAAGGAUCCCCGAGCCAAUCGAGUGCAUGACCCAACCCUCCAAUUAUCCCUUAAAACUGAUGUCUAUGUCUAUCUAAAUAUUUUUUUUAAAUAUAUAAUUGUAAUAAUAUAAUAAUAACUAUCAUAUGUGUAAUAAUGCUCCCCAGUUUCUCUCUCCCUGUCUACAAUUUGUUGGUGUAUUUUCCUGUAAUUCGUAAAACCCGUAAUAUCGUAACAUCCGCAUCCGUAUCCGUAACUUUAACGGAUCGGUAUGUAUGUGAGACUAGCAGCAACUGAUCCCAUCUUAAUCGUAUUUGCCCCAUAUACGUAUCCGUAUCCGUAGAUAGAUAAUAAACCCCAAAUAACAAUACCAAUAGCACCGUAAUAUGUAUUUUAAAAAUCGUGUGAAACAACCAGAUUGAUGGCCUAAUUAUCUUGCAACAACUCUAUUACAGUAUCAACUAUUCUCCGGACGUAACUAAAGAAACGAAAACAGAAACAGAUAAAUACCAUUCAAAAGAAUCUAAUUACUUUUCAAUGCAAUUUCGGUCCAGUAAUCAACUUAUAUUAGCGUUAUACAGAUAUUACAUUGUAAACGUAUACCAAGAGCAAGGCAAGCUUAAAUAUGUAUUUCACUCGAAACUCUAAAUGUUAUUACUAGCCAAAACCCAAUUUGAUGUGACCAAAGAGCGCAACAAUGCUCGUAAUCUUAUAAUCGAAAAUACUCGUACCAAGAAUAUCACCAAGGAAAACCAAUUUUAAACUAAUUUAUCCAAAUGAUGAAAUGAAAAACGAUGAGUGUCAAACACAAUCAAACAAAAUUAAACACAACACAACACACACUCACGAGUACAUUUUGAUUCCAUAGAGAACCCCUACAAAGAAAAAACACACAAUGCCAAAUGCAAUCAAUUCGUAGAAACUCUAACAAUACAUGGAUAUAUUUAUCAUACUUAUUAUACAAUAUGUUUAUGAUAGGCAAAAGUACUUAGCCACUUCCUUUAUGUGUCAUACAAAUACUACCUACAUACCUAUAACAUAUGAAUAUUUUUCGAAUUAUUUAGAGAACAUGAAUAAUCAAGCCAAAUCAUUUAGCAUCAACAUCUCAGCCUCAGACAGAUGGAACUUCGGACCACCGAUGAGAUGCGCUUUCCAAAACAAAAUCUCUCCAAUGCAAUAUUAUUCAUAAGAAUUGCCAAGAAUUUCCUUCAGAUCUUAAUUAUUUCGUAUAUUUAUACCUUCUCUUUUGGAGGGCGACAUCAGGUCAUAUCGCUUAUACAUACAUACACACAUAUAUAAAAAACCUCACAGAUAUUAAUACAUACUUACUCGUACAUAUAUACUCGUAUUCGUAUAAAAAAUAAAUCGUGUACCUAGGAGUGUACCUAAAAAUCGGCACAAGCAAAAUCAAACUUAUCUCAGAGCUUUACAGCAGAAGCAAUCAAAAUGAAUAUACAAUACAUACAUACAUAUGUACGUGCAUAAAUAACCAUGUUAAAAGGGAAAGGGAGAAACAGAAGAGUUUAUUUAUAAUCCAGAGUCGUGACCCACUUUAUCUCACGCUUUCAAGUAAUGAAUCUCUGUAUAUCAAUCAUUAAUUCCAUAAAAUACAAUACAUAAUACUCGUACACUCUGUCCGCACCCCAAAACUACUACUAAGGUAAAUACUACACGAUAUCCAGAACAAAAACAAAAACAAAAAAAAUACGAAAUGUCCACUCCGCCACAACCAUGAAACCGAAACCCGAGCCUGAACCAGAACC